AUGACGUGUCGUGGGACGAGUCUGGGAAUCGGAAUUCGAUACGGUUUCGUCUUGUUUGUGGAGAUGAUGGAAGGAGAUCUUGAACUAGAUGGUCUUGGGUUUCUUGGGUUCCGGUGGAGGAAGCUUCUGGACGAUAUGGCUCCUCAUCUCGGGAAGGCUGAUGUCUCCAUGAGAUGGAACUCGAAAACUGUAAUAACCUUUGGAGUUUCUUUGGUUCUUUCUUGGUACAGGGUGGGUAAUCCUGACAGCGGCAGAAGUGAUUUGUAUCCAGAAAUUCUUCGGGACCAGGCAGUGGCCAGGCUUAAUGAGCUUGGGAAGGAUGGAAUCCAUCUAGAGGAUCUAUUGCUAUUCAGUGGUAUAACAGUCCAAGAUGUUCUCAAGGAGAACUCUAUUGAAGUUACUGAAGAAAGCUUUUUACAGCUCAAGUAUGACCCACAGUCAGUCAGGGGUUACAUUGAGGUUCUUUUGGCUGAUUGUGUCUAUGUUUUGUCGCUUGGUCUUCCCCUUGCGGUGGUGAAAGGUAUAGCUGGACAGACACGUCUAAAGGUAACAGUGAGUGGAGUGCAGGGGCAUGCUGGAACAGUCCCAAUGGCCGCCGCUGCUGAACUAAUUGGGUUGUUGGAAAGUCUUUGUAAAGAUCCUGAGAGCUACUUGUCUUAUGAUGGCCAUUGUAAUGGCUUCGCAGCAGAUUCUCUUGCAGGAUCACUCGUCUGUACAGUUGGAGAGAUAUCUAGCUGGCCAAGUGCAAGUAAUGUCAUUCCAGGCAAGGUAAUGUUCACCAUAGAUUUACGUGCAAUGGAAGACAUGGCACGUGAAGCCAUUUUAUUUAGAAUACAAGACAUUAUCAUUGAACGUUCUAUAGCUUGCAACAUUGAACGCAAGCAUGAUUCAGGAGCAGUUGUAUGUGAUCCUGGUCUAAGUUCAAAAAUGAAGUCUUCUGCUUACUCUGCCCUGAAAAAGAUGGUAGGUGAGGUUCAAGAUGAAGUACCUGUUCUGAUGAGUGGAGCAGGGCAUGAUGCAAUGGCCAUGUCUCAUUUAGCCGAGGUAAGCAUGCUAUUUGUUCGUUGUCGUGGAGGCAUUAGUCACUCCCCUGCAGAGCAAGUUUUGGAUGAUGAUAUUUGGGCUGCAGGUUUGGCAGUCCUGGAGUUUCUUGACCAACAUGUAACUUAACAAGUACAUGUGGUGAUGGAUCCAAUUUUCUAUCAUAUCUCUUAGUAUCUUUCUGUUGUACAUGUAAAACUGAUUGAUCGAUAUGAAGUAUCCCUACGUAGUGUAACUUA